AUGGAGGUCGACGACGCCGCAGCGGCAGGGGGCAUCCUCAGCGACCUCGCUGGAGAGGAGGCCAUCGAGCGCCUGCAAGCCGAUGCUGGGCGCAGCGGCACGCAGCACAAGAUCUACGGGCGGCGCCUGCUGGACGCGCUCCGCGCCACGGGUGGCGGGCAGCCGCGCGCCGUCAAGGCCGCGGCCGACUCGGCACUGGCGCUCACGGCGCGCGGGCAGACGCAGUGGGGCCGCGCCAUCCUGCUUGCCGGCGCCGCCUGCAGCCGGCGCCGCAUGCUGGUCAAGGCGGGCGGCAAGAUCCGGCGGCGCCACCGCCGACCGAACAAGAGCAGCAAAGCGGCCUCUUUUUCCCAGGAGGAGGAGGGCAGGGGCAAGGUGCAGGAGCGGCUCCGCGUGCUGGGCCGCCUCGUCCCGGGCUGCCGGAAGCUCCCCGCGCCGGACCUGCUGGAGGAGGCGGUCGACUACGUGGCGGCGCUGCAGAUGCUGCGCGCGAGAACGUCGGACACCUGCCCGUCAACGUCGACCAAGUAG